AUGGAUUUCGAAACGGCCACUCUUCGGAGUUUUCAUGAACUAGACAAUUUGUACGUAAACUUAUUGUCCGAUGUUAAGAGCGGUGGACCAAUAUGGGAUGAUGUCAUCAAUAAAGGAUCGAAAUUAUUCGCAGCACUUAGAGCUACUGUCCAUGCGUCGAACGCCUUUUUUGAUGCCAUCCAGAGACUUGCUGAUUUAGCUUCAAAAACACCCGGGGGUAGUAAGGAGAUGGGUGCUCAUUUUACACGACUUUGCAUGCGACAGAAACGUCUUGGAUCACAAGUUAAAACGAUGGGAAAUCAAUUGAUUACAUGCAUGGUCAAUCCAAUGACGAGCCAUGUGGAUGAAUGGAAAAAAACCAUUGCCCAAAUUGAAAAGGAGCAUAACCGGGAGACCAAGCGCGCACGGGGGGAAUUAAAGCGUGCUCUUGCUGAAACAAAUCGUUUAAGGCGGAAACUAUCUAAACAUGGAAAUGGUGGAACUUUACAUUGCCGUCAACACAGUGGAAGCAGUUCAAUUGGUCAGGGGGUUGGGUUGGGAGAACCGCCAAAGUCUAAUCAUAUGUCGUCUUCCACCACCGGAGUGGGUAAUAGUUCUCUGGCAGUCAAGGCACAAUCAGCAAUGCACGUUUUGGAUGAAAAAGUUCGAAACAUUGAAGAUAUAGAGCGGGCUUUUAUUAAGCGGUUAAUGAUUGAAGAGCGUGGACGCUAUUGCUUCUUUUUCAAUUGCCUAAGCCCCGUUUUGGUAAGCGUUCGUACUCUUGUCUAG